AUGGCAGUUGCUGAAGAGUCUCCUGGCACUGGUGGUGUAGAGGAAGUGUGCAGCAGUAUACAGCAGUGUGGAGCAGUAUACAGCAGUGUACAGCAGUAUACAACAGUGUGCAUCAAUAUACAGCAGUGUGCAGCAGUAUGGAGCAGUGUACAGCAGUAUGGAGCAGUAUACAGCAGUGUACAACAGUAUACAACAGUGUGCAUCAAUAUACAGCAGUGUACAGCAGUGUGCAGCAGUAUACAACAGUGUGCAUCAAUAUACAGCAGUGUACAGCAGUAUGGAGCAGUGUACAGCAGUGUACAACAGUGUGCAUCAAUAUACAGCAGUAUAAAGCAGUGUACAGCAGUGUGCAGCAGUAUACAACAGUGUGCAUCAAUAUACAGCAGUGUGCAGCAGUAUGGAGCAGUGUGCAUCAAUAUACAGCAGUGUACAGCAGUAUGCAGCAGUGUGCAUCAAUAUACAGCAGUGUACAGCAGUAUGCAGCAGUGUGCAUCAAUAUACAGCAGUAUAAAGCAGUGUACAGCAGUGUGCAGCAGUAUACAACAGUGUGCAUCAAUAUACAGCAGUGUACAGCAGUAUGGAGCAGUGUGCAUCAAUAUACAGCAGUGUACAGCAGUAUGCAGCAGUGUGCAUCAAUAUACAGCAGUGUACAGCAGUAUGCAGCAGUGUGCAUCAAUAUACAGCAGUAUACAGCAGUGUACAGCAGCAUGGACUACAACAGCCGCCUGUGCCCUCCACCUCUACUUGCGUCUCUAA